AUGAUCCCGAAGAACAUCUUGAGACUAUGUCAAAGUGGCGUAUCAGUCAGCGCCGAGCUGGCCAAGAAUCCAGCGCUGUCUGCUCAUGAGGUUGUUGGACAGCUCUUUCGUCAGCAUAUAGAAGAUGAAGAGAUGGCCAAAAAGCAGGCACUGAAUGGUGAAACGGAGGAAGACCUCGACCAGGCGCUCGCCUGUGGUAGGUGGGGCACUGCAAAGCCGUCCAAACUAUUUCUACGAAUCUUCCAUGAUGUCUUGUGUACACUAGAGAAGAAUCCACUUACUGGAGUCUGCUCGCCAUCACUUAUGGGCAGUACCGGUGUGUGCCCACUUACCAUCAUCGCACCGAUACCAGACAUCUGCCGGCACAUGUCCAAUGUUAUCGCUCGAGCAGAGGAGGAGGUCUUCCUAGCCACCAAUUUCUGGAUGCAUUCCGAGUCUAGCAUGUUGAUCACCAACUCUAUCAGGGAGCUUAACAGAAAAGCUGUUGCAUUGAACAAACGAAUCGUUGUCAAGAUCAUAUACGACCGAGGUAGUUUGCAGCAGUUAAUCAACAACCACCUCGUGGUAGAACCCAAGACGUAUGCUGAUCCUAAUGGGCCCAUUCGGCUACCGCACCCAGACGACAUACCCAAUAUCGACCUCGAGGUGAUCAAUUACCACCAACCUGUAUUUGGGACUUUCCACUGCAAGUACAUGAUUGCAGACCGAAGAAUUGCUAUUAUUCAGAGCAACAACAUCCAAGAUAAUGAUAAUCUGGAGAUUAUGUCUCAGUGGGAAGGGCCAAUUGUGGAUUCAUUCUACGACAUGGCCCUCAUAUCCUGGCACAACGCCAUGCGCCCUCCCCUCCCUCGCCUGAAUCGACCCGCUGCAGGACAGCCCACUCCCACAUUCGACUCGCACUCUUAUGCAAGUUUGUUUGAUCAGAGCGGGAAUUUGAAAGAAGUCUAUCAUUCGACGGAGACAAUGCCCCAUAACCAUGAAAAUCUGCGCGACCUGGCCAAGGACGGAUCAGAGGUAAACCUGCCAAUGCAUACGUCAAAUGAUGCUCACUACGACCCGGACAUAAAAUCUGAAGUCUUGCGUGCUACGGCUACCAUGUGUCCUGAGCACGGUGAACGGCGUAUAGAUGCCAUCACUCGUCUUCUGAAUACAACUAUCCAGACGAAUACUAAGGCCAGCGCACCGGACAUCGCACCCGCCGAUGCCAUGACUCCUUUUAUACCCCUUCCCAGGCACGAUCCCGUCCCUAUGGCCAUGGUGUGCAGGGAACCGUGUGGUAAGCCAGGCAAAGGCUCGUUACACACUCCGCAGAAUGAAGCAUUUAUGUCGGCUCUACGCCAUGCCGAGCAGUCUGUUUUCAUACAAACUCCAAACUUGAAUGCCGAAGAUCUUAUUCCUGAAAUCAUCAAAGCAUGUCGUCGCGGCGUGCAUGUGGAGUAUUGGUACUGUCUUGGAUACAACGAUGCUGGUGAGUUGCUGCCGGGUCAGGAUGGUCAUAACGAGAUGGUUGCACACAGGCUCUACAAGGAGCUCAACGAGCAGUAUCACCGAUAUCUGGACAUCUACGCCUAUGUGGCUAAGGACCAGAUUCAUCCGAUUCACAACAAGUUCAAGAAGCGGUCAUGUCAUAUCAAGAUCAUGCUUAUAGAUGGACACAUUGCUAUCCAAGGAAAUGGAAACCAAGACACGCAGAGCUGGUACCAUAGUCAAGAGACUAACAUCAUGUUUGAUAGUGCGUUGAUUGUGGGCAGGUGGAUGGAAGGGUUGAGGCAGAAUGAGAAUACACACAUUUACGGCAAAGUCGAAAAGGGCGGGCUUGAAUCUGGAUGCUGGAGGGACCCUCAAACUGGGAAACAGGCCGAAGGAGCCAUUGGUGUUGAUCCCGGCAAGUUUGCCUGGGCGAGGGGCUUCAUUGGCGCGGUACAACGAGUCCGUGGUGUUGGUGGGUUCUAA